ACUCCGGUUUGAGUGCCUCGAGGCCCCAAAACACAACCAGAAAUGAUCAAUUCAAGAAACUCGUUUUGAAUCCGUUUUAAUUUAGGUUUUUCAAAAUUUCUUAAGUACUAAAUUAUUUGAAAGCGGAUUCAAUCUGUGCCGCUUUAAACAGGAAAACGGUUCUCAUUUCCCCCUCAUUCGAUCACUAGUUUCGAAUGCAUGAGGGUUGAAUAACAUCGGCUCAAUUUCCCGUGUCUUUUCGACUGCUCUCUUGCUGUUUAUCGAUUGCUCAUUUAUUCAACAUGAACUCACAUGAAAAUCCAAAGGAUGUGGGGAUUCUGGCCAUGGAAAUUUACUUCCCCAACCAGUAUGUUGAUCAAAGUGACCUGGAAGAGUUUGAUGGUGUCUCCAAAGGGAAAUAUACAAUUGGACUCGGUCAGCACAAGAUGGGUUUCUGUAACGACAGGGAAGAUAUCCAUUCACUGUGUUUAACAGUCGUCCAAAGACUACUAGAAAAGAACAAAAUAGAUUAUAAACAAAUUGGAAGAUUAGAAGUUGGUACUGAAACUAUAAUUGACAAAUCAAAGAGUGUCAAAUCGGUAUUGAUGCAGUUAUUUGAGCCCAGCCAAAAUACAGAUAUUGUUGGUAUUGAUACAACUAAUGCAUGCUAUGGAGGAACAGCUGCCCUGUUCAAUGCUGUAUGCUGGGUCCAGUCUCAGUUUUGGGAUGGUCGUUAUGCUAUUGCCGUGGCUGGCGAUGUUGCAGUGUAUCCUCCCGGUCCAGCCAGGCCCACCGGAGGUGCAGGUGCAGUAGCUAUGCUCAUAGGACCAAAUGCUCCUCUCACUUUCAACAGAAUACAAUCUUCUCAUAUGGCAAAUGUCUACGAUUUCUACAAGCCUGAUUUGUCUUCCGAAUUCCCCACCGUCGAUGGGAAAAUCUCAAUCCAGUGCUAUCUGAGUGCCCUUGACGCUUGUUUCAAGAGGCACAGUGAGAAAGAUGGCCGUCCAGACGUGAGCUUAGAUGAUUUUGAUUACUUUUGCUUUCACGCACCCUACUGCAAGUUGGUGCAAAAGAGCUUCGCACGCUUGUGCGUCAACGAUUAUGUCUUUCAUCUGAAAAAUGGCAAUGAAAAUGCCGACAGCAAAUAUCCUGAUCUAGUGCCUUUCAAACAUUUAGAAUUAGAAGAAACUUAUUUUAAUCGAGAAUUGGAGCAAGCUGCAGUCAAGUGUAGUAAAGCUGCUUUCGAAACAAAGACUCUUCCUAGUCUGAUGCUGGCCAGUAUGGUGGGAAAUAUGUAUACUCCGUCCUUGUAUGGUGGAUUGGUGUCUCUUCUGAUCAAUACAACUGCAGAAUCAUUGCUGGGUAAACGGAUCGGUAUGUUUUCGUACGGUUCGGGACUGGCUUCCACCAUGUUCUCUUUGCAUGUUAGUAAAGAUCAAGAGAAGAUUGAGAAGUUAUUAGCUUUAAUAAAUGAUGUUCCAAGUCGACUGGAAGCUCGAAGUGCCGUUUCGGCCGUUGAUUUCACUGCCAUUUUGAAAGCCAAAGAAGAUGCUUAUAAUAAAGCUCCGUACCAGCCCGUUGACUCGUUGGAUACGUUGACUCCAGGAGCAUAUUACCUUUUAGAAAUUGAUUCCAAGUAUCGGCGUAGCUACGCCCGUCGGCCCUAGGUAUUCCUUAACGAGCCAGCAUUUAUUGAAUGGAUGAAAAUCAGAAAAAUUCAAAAUCUUGUCUUUUCAAAAAUGUUUCCCGUUCGUUCAAAACAAAAGUUUAGUAGUUCUACACACAUAAUAAUUUCAUUUAGAUAGGGUAAAUAAUGCUUAUCUUGUUUCUGAAGCCAAUCAGUUAACGCGACUGUAAUACAUUUUGACAAUUUA